AUGGGACAAGCUGCACUUACAAAAUUGGCAGGACUGGUAGGUAAACCAUUAAAAGCAGAUCGAGCUACAACACAGAAGGAGAGACUUACAUAUGCCCGAGUCCUGGUUGAGGUUAAACCUCAUCAGAAAUAUCCAUACACAAUCAUGUUCGAGGAUGAGAGAGGCAGAAUUGUGGAGCAGGAGGUUUUCUAUGAAUGGAAACCUACUCUGUGUGGAAAAUGCAAGAAUUUUGGGCAUGAAAUGAAUGAGUGCAGGAGAUUUAUCAAAGAAGAAAGGGAGAAACAAGCAAAUAAACAGGAACUAAAAGAGCCAACUGAAGUACAGACGCAAAAACAAGUGGAAAAGAAGAAUGCAAAUAUGCAGAAUAAAGGAGAACAUGGACAAAAACAACAAGUGAUUGGGCCAAUAAGCAAGGGAAACACUGGGAAUGAGGUAGUAACCAUUGGGAAUGAGGACCAUCAACAAGAGAAAGCAGAAGCAGCAAAUGAGAAUGUGGUGGAGAACAGGAAUAACAAAGGGAAAGGGAGUGAGAUGGCUCUAGGAAAAUGGCAGGAUGGGGGCAAUCCCUCAUCCAAUGGAUAG